AUGACAAUGACUGGAGAUGAGGAAUCCGAGAAGGUGUACGGAGGCUGCGAAGGCCCGGAUGCCAUGUACGUGAAGCUCAUUUCGUCCGACGGGCACGAGUUCAUAGUGAAGCGAGAACACGCUCUGACCUCUGGAACAAUUAAGGCUAUGUUGAGUGGCCCUGGCCAGUUUUCCGAACAUGAGACGAACGAGAUCCACUUCCGCGAAAUCCCGAGUCACGUGCUGCAGAAAGUGUGCAUCUAUUUCACGUACAAGGUGAAGUACACCAACAGCUCCACCGAAAUCCCGGAGUUCCCGAUUGCGCCAGAAAUCGCGCUUGAGCUUCUCAUGGCUGCGAACUUCUUGGAUUGUUGA